CUGGGAGGAAGCACCGCCCUACAUCCAUCAUAACAAGACAUAUUUGAUACCUCGCGGAAGGCAAGUGUACUUAUGCACACCAGACUCGUAUAACACUUUUUUCCUGGACAUUUUACGCAUCUGUAAGCCAUUCGAAGUUUUAUCGUCAUCAAUUUGAAACUAAAAUAUUGCUAGAGGUCAAUUUCUUUCGAAAACCUCCCUGUAAAAUUAUCGCGUAUGCACUUGCAAAGGUGAAGGAAGGAGUGAAGUGAGCGUGAUGGAUGAGCAAGAGAGAGGUAGAGAGCUAAAGGCAGCGGGAGCGGAGUUGCUGCCAGAGGGUAGGUCAGGCUUGUGCAUCAGAGGAUGGUUCAUCGAGGCAAAGAAUAAACCCAUCCUCAAUUCCCCCUCUCUGCAGGACUGGGAGAAACGGCUUGGAACAUCUCACAUGCCUGAGAUGGUUUUUGGGGACAGUUCUUUAGAACUGGUUCAUAUUGGUAGUGGCAUUAAAAUCCAUUUCAAUGCAUUUGAAGCUCUUCACAACUGGAAGCAGGAAUCUUUACCACCAGUUGAGGUCCCUGCAGCUGCAAAGUGGAAAUUUAGGAGUAAACCUGUUCAGCAGGUUAUUCUCGACUAUGACUACACAUUUACAACUCCAUAUUGUGGCAGCGAAGUAAUUGAACCAAGGGGAGAAACGAAUUCUAAAGUGAAGGAGCCAAAAGCAGAUAGCCUUGAGUUGCAAUGGGUGGACUCUGAUGACCGUAUUGAUCUCGCUGCACUAUCAUCAAAAGAGCCUAUACUGUUCUAUGACGAGGUAAUUUUGUACGAAGAUGAAUUAGCUGAUAAUGGGAUCUCACUUUUGACAGUCAAAGUGAGGGUAAUGCCGAAUUGCUGGUUUCUUCUACUACGUUUUUGGCUCAGGGUCGAUGGUGUACUCAUGAGAUUGAGAGACUGUCGCAUGUACUGCCCUUUCGGGUUUGAAGACCCCAGUGGAAUCCCACUCGUUCUUCAUGAGAUCUGCUGGAGGGAAGGGACUUUCCAGGACUUAGCUGCUAGGGGUUUUCCUUCUGAUUCCGCAGCAUACUCUGAUCCAAACCAUGUCAGCCACCGGCUCCCUAUUCUCAUGCAGAAGACCCAAAAACUUCAUUCUUUUCAAGUUUAAACCUAUAGAAAGGAAAACAAAGGAAAAAAGAUAAAUUUAUUGUUGUCAUAUUCGAUAUUUGGGUGGAAAGCUAGAACUUAGAACCUACAGCUGACUGAAAGUCUUGUUUAUACAGUUCAAACAUGAAGGCUCAUAGUUUUUACUUGACAAGGAUAGUUUUUCAUAAAUCUGAAGCGUAUAUGGUAGAACAAGAUUCGUGUAGUUGGUUUAAAAUAAUUGGGAUAAGGUUUGGAUGAUAAUGUAUCUGGUAUGUCUGUUGAUGUAUUUGGUGUACCAUGAUUUAUUAUGCAAAAUGAAUUCAAGAUA